ACCAGUAUCGCUGCGCCAAUGUACUGUAGUGACCGCCUUUCAAACUGCUGAAGUACUUCGCUGAGAGACUGGAGCGGAUGUUUCGCACUGAGUAGGUCGCUUUGCAACUCGCACUAUCCACAGAGCGAGCCGGUGAUGAGGGCUGGUCGGGAUUGCGUUAGUAUAUUGGAAAUUCAAAACGAUUUUGGAAUAAUGGCGAAGUGAAAGUAAGGACGCCGAGGAUGCAACAUCUUGUUGGUAGAAUACACGAUGGACAAACGCCUGCCGUGAACGGAGGGUGUUGUGAUGGUCACAAUGAGCUCAGGACCAAGGCCUUUGCUAAAUUGUAAAGAUAAUGGAAGCCUAACCUAAGGGGACUCCUCCACUUAAUUAUCCCAGACCGGAUCUCUGUUAACCAUUCCCUCUGGUGUGGUGGUCAGAGACGUGCAGGCUGUGAUUGAUGGGUGGCACCCUGUGAGUGAACCUAUGGCAGUGAAACCACACAAUACAGAUUCCUUUGUGUGACUCUACCAUGGACCACAUCCUCUGUUGCCUGCUGGUCCUGGGAACCGCAGUGUUGAUGGCCCACGCAUGCCCAAAGUACUGUGUGUGCCAGAACCUGUCCGAGUCCCUGGGGACCUUGUGUCCCUCCAAAGGCUUGCUCUUCGUCCCACUGGACAUCGACCGGCGCACUGUGGAGCUCCGGCUGGGCGGAAACUACAUCCUCCGCAUCACCCAGCAGGACUUUGCCAACAUGACCGACCUGGUGGACCUGACGCUCAGCCGCAACACCAUCAGCUACAUCCAGCCCUUCUCCUUCAGCGACCUGGAGACCCUGCGCUCCUUACACCUGGACAACAACCGUCUCAUAGAGCUGGGUCCUGAUGAUCUCCGGGGCCUGGUCAACCUGCAGCACCUCAUCCUUAACAACAACCAGCUGGGACGCAUCUCGGACCGGGCCUUGGAAGACCUGGCACCCUCCCUAGAGGAUCUGGAUCUGUCCUACAACAACCUGAGGAGCCUGCCCUGGGACUCAGUCAAGCUGAUGGUCUCUCUCCACCAGUUGAGUCUUGACCAUAACCUCCUGGACUUCAUCCCUGAGGGGACCUUUACUGAUCUAGAGAGACUGGCUCGCCUGGAUCUCACCUCCAACCGACUGAAGAAGCUGCCCCCAGACCCCAUCUUCGCCAGGGCCCAGGAUUCAGUGAUGAUGACCACUCCCUAUGCCCCCCAGCUGUCCCUUGGCAUCGGGGGGAACCCCCUGCAUUGUAACUGUGAGGUGCUGUGGCUGCGGCGGCUGGAGAGGGACGAUGAUCAGGAGACAUGCGCUUCCCCUUCCAACCUGAAGGGGCGCUACUUCUGGUAUGUGAGGGAGGAGGAGUUUGUGUGCGAGCCACCCCUCAUCACUCAGCACACCCACAGGAUGCUGGUGCUGGAGGGCCAGAUGGCCAGCCUGAGGUGCGAGGCCAUUGGAGACCCCACCCCCACCAUCCACUGGAUGGCCCCUGACGACCGUGUCCUUGGCAACUCGUCCCGAACCGUCGUCUACGGCAACGGCACCCUGGAGAUUCUCAUCACCACCUCCAAGGACUACGGUACCUUCACCUGCAUCGCGGCCAACGUGGCCGGGGAGUCCACCGCCUCAGUGGAUCUGUCAAUCAUCCAGCUGCCCCACCUCAGCAACGGCACUGGUCAGGCCUCACAGCCCAAGUCCCGCCUCUCGGACAUCACCGGCACCACCAGGAUAAGCAAGGGGGUUCCAAAGACUCCCCCGGAGAAAGUGGUCACUGUGUCAGAGGUGACAGCCAUUUCAGCCUUGGUUAAGUGGACCGUCAGCAAGGCAGCGCCCAAGGUAAAGAUGUACCAGCUCCAGUACAACUGUUCCGACGAUGAAGUCCUCAUCUACAGGAUGAUCCCGGCCUCCAGCCAGGCCUUCCUGGUGACCAACCUGGUGUCGGGGACCAAGUACGACUUGUGUGUCCUGGCCGCCUGGGACGACACCGCCACCACCCUGACGGCCACCAACGUGGUGGGCUGUGCCCAGUUCUUUACCCGCGACGACUACACACAGUGCCAGUCUCUCCACAGCCAGUUUCUGGGGGGCACCAUGAUCCUGGUGGUGGGUGGCAUCAUCGUGGCGACGCUACUCGUCUUCAUCGUUAUCCUGAUGGUACGCUACAAGGCCACCGACCAUGAGGGGGGUGGCAUCGGGGGGAGCGGCAAGCUGACCAGCGUAAGUGACACCCACUCACAGACCAAUGGGGGCCGGCUGGGACAGAACGGCGUGCCCCUUCCCCUGCCCAAACCAAAGGCCAAAGUGACCCUCCAGGAUGAGGUGGUGGAGUUUAAAUGUGGUUCCCUCCAGAGCACCUCGUCCUCAUCCUCGUCGGGGGGCUCGGUGGUCGGGGAGGGUUCCUACAGCCCCAACAGCACCCUGGCCAUUAUGUGGAGGCAGGCUGCCCCCUCUAAGCCCAGGGCAAACCUGGAUCACCUGCUGGGGGCCUUCAACUCCCUAGAGCUCCGGGGGGCCCAGGGCAGGGGAGACCUGGGGGAGCCCUCAUCCAGCAGUAGCACCCCGGUGGCGGGUGGCGAUAGGCCCCACACGGACAGGGAGCCCCUGCUGGGCCGGACAAUGGACUCGCGGCUGAGCCGGUUGCUCAUGCUGUCUCAUGACUCCAAACCAAAAAGGAGCCAGUCGUUUGACAUGGGGGACUGUAUGGAUACAGAUCAACAAACAGACCAAGCGAUGGCCUCUAGCACCUCCACUGCCACAACGCCGGUGUGCAGUUACCCGCGGCGCAUCAGCAACAUCUGGACUAAGAGGAGCCUGUCUGUGAACGGCAUGCUGCUACAGUGUGACGAGGAAGGGGAUAUGGGGGGGAGCAAGGGGACCUUCGACAGCCAAGAGUGGGUCAUGGAGAGUACUGUCUAGGAGAGAUGAGGACUUGCUUUGUGUCUUCUAAAACACUGCCCCAGAGAGAUAGCAAUACGCCUCAGUUCUGAUAGACCUCCAGGCUGGAGGAGAAGUCCAUGCCUCCUCCCUCCUUGUCCUGCAUGGAAUUCAUUCAUGUUAAUCUAUUGUGGAUGCUCCAUUUUUGUGACAGAUAUGUACAAAGUUCCCCCAAGUGGGUAAGUCGGCUAACGACGCUUGAUGGAUGGAGCUGAUUCGUGGAGUGUGUUUGUAUGUGUGUGUUCUCUACAUGGGGAGGGGGAAUGCACAGUAAUGGUCAACUACAAACUACACGUAAGACAUGCAAUGAAACCUAGGAAAUGGGAAGCAGGCCUGUUGUUCCUGAGGAGGGCCAUGGUUUCUCUGACACGAGGAACGUGAAACAAAUCACUGUAUUUGUUGACUUGUAAAUUGGCAUAACACUGAACGUCCAUCUUGUUACUGUUGCUGAGAUGAUGGGCCAUGCAUGGCUCUGGACUAAUACUGUUGUAAGUGAAUAUGAAAUAUAUAAUGACUUUAAUGUUUUUACAUGUUUUAUUUUGCUGAUCAAACACACAUUGUCUAAUACUGUUCUUCCCCUCUGUACACGACGGGGCUCUGACUUCAACAUUUGCAUUAUGAAAAACCUCAAUAUACUGUCAGGUCCAAAAUGAUUGGCACCCUUGAUAAAGAAUAACUAAAAAGACUGCACAAAAUAAAUAAUACAAAUACUGAGCUAUAUUGUAUGCAAAAAAGGACAUUAUAUUAUUUUGUACUAAUACAUUUGCUCAGAGAAAGAGGUGACAUCAAAAUAGAGCUCUUUGGUUAAGUACACCAGAGGUGGGUUUGGUCUCGAAACAUAUGCAUAAAAGUUCCUCAUACCUAUGGUAAAAUAUGAUGACGCAUCUUUAAUGUUAUGGGGCUAUUUUGUAUCCACUGGUCCUGUGGCCCUUGUUAAGGUCAACGGCAUUGUGAACUUUACCAAUUACCAGAAGAUUGUAGCCAAAAACCUGGUUGCCUCUGCCAGGAGACACUUUGACGUAACUGGAUCUUCCAGCAAGACAAUAACACCAGCGCACAUCAAAAUCUACAAAGAAAUUGUUUAUUGACCACAAAAUCAACAUUUUGCAAUGGCCAUCUCAGCCUCCACUUGAACCCCAUUGAAAACCUACGGUUUGAAUUGAAGAGGGCAUUCUAUUAAGCACAGACGAAGGAUGCCAAGGAUCUGGAAAGAAUCUGUAUGGAGGAACGAUCUAAGAUCCCUCCCAAUGUAUUCUCCAAUCUCAUAAAACAUUUGAGAAAAAGACUCUGUGCUGUUAUCCUCGCAAGGGGAGGGUGCUGUAGUACUAAAAACAGAGGUGACAAUACAUUUAACCCCUAUCUUUCUUGGAUUUGUUUUAUUACUUAUUAAACAAAAGCCCUUUCCCUGAGUGUAAAAUAAUAUGAUUUACAUUUUUAAAAAUGUAGUUUGUACUAUUUAUUUUUUGUUCCUCUUUAACAAGGGUGCCAAUAAUUAUGGACCUGACCGUAUAUCCAUCCGCAUUUUUUUAUAUCUGCAGAACCAUUCGUUUCUUAACCCAUUCUGACUGAAUGGUACUGUGUAUAUAUAUAUAUAUAUAUAUAUAUAUAUAUAUAUAUAUGUACACUUUAUAUAGGCAAUUUAGUUCAUCAUAAAAAAAUGUAUAUAUGAAAUUAUUUCAUGAAACCCCGUAUUUGAAUAUUUUAACUUAGUAUCCAGAAUGUUUUUUGAGGCUUCGUUAAAUAAUGCCAUAUCUGGUUCCUAUCAAGUUGUAUUCAUGUAUAAAGCGAGCAAACAAUUCAUCCUCAAAAUCAUGAAAUAUUAUCUUUUUAAGAUAGCAAUGUGAAAUGGGUAAGGUCUUAAGUGAAAAUGUAACUGUUAUCGUGAUGUCACUUAAAAGGUUCAUUAGAGUUCAUUUCAGCAAAAGAACAUGGCCCCUGUUGGCCUCUAAAUCAAUUAACCCAGUAUAGAGCUAACAACCAGCAGGAGUUUACCCUCUCUUGCACAGAAAGAUUAAGCCCUCAGAAAAACUGCAGAUCAACAUGCUCAAUCUUUGAGAGACAAGCAUCCUUCUCCAAUUCCAAUAAACAUUUUUACUUUUUCAUGUGCACUACCAUUCAAAAGUUUGGGGUCACUUAGAAGGUUCCUUGUUUUUGAUAGAAAAUCUAUUUUUUUUGUUCAUUAAAAU